CUUCCGAAUGUUAAGGGGCUGUUUGGGAAAAUGGGAGAGAGCAGGUGCAUCCGCAUUCCGUCCAAACGGGCCCCGACAUUUGAUUUCAUUUCUCUUCUCUUCUAACCCUUCUCUAUUCAGCAAUGGCUCUCCAAUGACCACGUUCAUCAACUCGCCGAGUCCACUCACCGCAAAGCCCCAUCCUCUGAUCUGCAAAACCCAGUUCAAGAAGACCUUCAUAUCUUCGUGUUCCACAACUCAUGAGCGCUUUUCUCACGAAAUGGUAAAUCACCUCAAAAGCCCAUGUCUCGUUCACCUCCAAAACCACUCUUCUGUAUUGGGUUUUCUUAAUUUCUCUUCAAAACCCCACAUUUCUUCCCAUUUCGCGGUUCCCGCCUCCAGAGAACCUUUUCAGGCAAUAGUCUCCAGGGUCUGCGCCAUCUUGUCCCGGGUUCAAUGGAAGGGAAGCUCGGAGCUGAAGCAGUUGAGUCCACAGCUCAAAGCCCACCAUGUUGCGGAGAUUGUGGCUGUGCAUAAAGAUACAGAAUCGGUGAUACAAUUCUUUUACUGGAUUUCUAAGAGGCCUUUUUACAAACAUAAUAUGAACUGUUUUAUCUCGAUGUUAAAUAGGCUUGUGCGUGAUCGGGUAUUUGCGCCGGCUGAUCAUAUUAGGAUUCUGAUGAUCAAAGCUUGUAGAAAUGAGGAAGAGAUUAGGCGGGUGGCGGAUUUUUUAAAUGAAAUCAGUGGGAUGGGUUUUGGGUUUAGUUUGUAUAGUUGUAAUACAUUGUUGAUUCAAUUGGCUAAGUUUGAGAUGGUUGAGGGUGCUCGUAAUUUGUAUAAGCAAAUGCUGAAUAGUGGAAUUCAGCCGAGUUUAUUGACGUUUAAUACACUGAUUAAUAUAUUGUCUAAAAAGGGUAAGGUUCGUGAAGCUGAGUUGAUUUUGAGUCAGAUUUUUCAGUAUGACUUGAGCCCAGAUGUUUUUACAUACACAUCUUUGAUCCUCGGGCAUUGUAGGAAUCGUAACUUGGAUUUGGCAUUUGGGGUUUUUGAUAGAAUGGUGAAGGAGGGUUGUGAUCCAAAUUCAGUUACAUAUUCAACUCUUAUCAAUGGGUUGUGUAAUGAAGGGAGGGUGGAUGAAGCACUGGACAUGCUUGAAGAAAUGAUUGAGAAAGGCAUUGAACCAACAGUUUAUACAUACACUCUGCCUAUUACUGCGUUAUGUGCCAUUGAACAUGAGGAGGAGGCAAUUGAGCUUGUAGCCAGGAUGAAGAAGAGAGGUUGCCGUCCAAAUGUACAGACAUAUACAGCAUUGAUCAGUGGGCUGUCCAGAUUAGGUAAACUUGAGGUUGCAAUUGGGUUAUACCACAAAAUGUUGAAGGAAGGUUUGGUUCCAAACACAGUUACAUAUAAUGCCUUGAUAAAUGAAUUGUGUGUUGGAGGACGAUUCAGUACUGCUCUGAAGAUUUUUCACUGGAUGGAGGGGCAUGGUUCCUUGGCUAAUACCCAAACCUACAAUGAGAUUAUAAAGGGAUUGUGCCUAGGAGGUGAUAUUGAGAAGGCAAUGGUUCUUUUUGAAAAAAUGCUGAAAAUGGGUCCCUUGCCAACAGUGGUAACGUAUAACACACUGAUUAAUGGAUAUCUUACAAAGGGAAAUGUGAACAAUGCUGCAAGGUUAUUGGAUUUAAUGAAGGAGAAUGGAUGUGAACCAGAUGAAUGGACUUAUAAUGAACUUGUUUCAGGUUUUUCCAAGUGGGGAAAAUUGGAGUCUGCUUCUUUUUAUUUCCAGGAAAUGGUGGAAUGUGGUUUGAAUCCAAAUCCAGUCAGCUAUACUGCUUUGAUUGAUGGUCACAGUAAGGACGGGAAGGUAGAUAUUGCUCUGUCAUUGCUCAAGAGAAUGGAGGAAAUGGGUUGUAAUCCAAAUGUUGAAAGUUACAAUGCUGUUAUAAAUGGUUUGUCCAAAGAGAACCGGUUUUCUGAAGCAGAGAAAAUUUGUGAUAAGAUGGUAGAGCAAGGGUUGCUACCAAAUGUCAUUACCUACACGACUUUGAUUGAUGGGCUUUGUAGGAAUGGCAGGACCCAAUUUGCAUUCAAGAUUUUCCAUGAUAUGGAGAAAAGAAAAUGUCUUCCUAAUUUGUACACUUACAGCUCUCUCAUUUAUGGGCUGUGUCAAGAAGGCAAAGCUGAUGAAGCUGAGAUUCUGCUCAAAGAAAUGGAGAGGAAAGGAUUGGCUCCUGAUGAGGUAACAUUUACCUCACUCAUUGAUGGUUUUGUUGUGCUGGGUAGGAUAGAUCAUGCAUUCUUGCUUCUCCGACGGAUGGUUGAUAUGGGCUGCAAACCCAACUAUCGAACUUACAGUGUGUUGUUGAAAGGGUUACAGAAAGAAUGCCUUUUGCUUGAAGAAAAGGUUGCAGUCCAACACGAAGCAGUGUACAGUUUCAGUCCACAUGAGAAGGAUGUCAACUUUGAAAUUGUCUCUAAUCUCUUAGCUAGAAUGUCAGAGAUUGGAUGUGAACCUACUCUUGAUACCUACAGUACUUUAGUUAGUGGUUUGUGUAGGAAAGGCAGAUUUUAUGAGGCAGAGCAGUUAGUUAAGGACAUGAAAGAGAGAGGUUUCUGUCCUGACAGAGAGAUCUAUUACUCUCUAUUAAUUGCUCAUUGUAAGAAUUUAGAAGUGGAUCAUGCUCUAAAAAUCUUUCAUUCGAUUGAAGCUAAAGGCUUUCAGCUUCACUUAUCAAUUUACAGAGCGCUUAUUUGUGCUCUCUGCAAAGCAGGUCAGGUGGAAGAGGCCCAAGCUUUGUUUGAUAACAUGCUUGAAAAGGAAUGGAAUGCAGAUGAGAUUGUUUGGACAGUCUUGGUUGAUGGAUUGCUGAAGGAAGGAGAAUUAGAUCUAUGCAUGAAGCUUCUUCACAUAAUGGAAUCCAAGAAUUUCACUCCGAAUAUACAGACAUAUGUGAUUUUGGGUAGAGAACUGUCUAGGAUUGGCAAAUCCAUAGAAUCAGAGCCACUUGCUGAUAAAUUGAAAGUUCUGAAAGAUAGCAAUUAAGUUCAGGUUUUCUAUUGUAUCCAGACACAAAAAAUGUGUACAUGCUUCCAGAGGACAUAGUCAGCUAAUAAUGGGCCCUGGUAAUCCACUGAUUGGGGUGAGAUUUUCCCACUUGUGGAUAAUUAUUUUUUGGGAUGUAAUCCAUUGCAGCUCCAUCGUCCAAUAAAUGUAGUUUCACCUCACAAAGAAACAAUAUGCUAAUGUUUCCUGGAGCCUCACGCCAGAAUUACAUUAAAACAGCAGGAAGAAUGAGCUCUCGGUGCACUAGUAGGAGAAGACAAUCAUUAUUGGAUAAAAAUUGGAAGGCAUGAUUUCUAUGAAGCUAAUCAUAGUAAGAAUUGGAAGGCUUGGUUUUAUAUGAAACUAAAAGGACAAAUUCAAUAAUGAAUUAGCAAGUUGAAAAGGCAACACAUGUAAAGGCAAGGAUGUUGAGAGAGAGAAUGGAAGAAUGUUGGGAAGGCUGCCCCUCUAUGCAUAUUUUGGACUUUGUGGAAAGAAGCAUUCCAACAAGUGUUUGAAAAUGAGGAGUUUUCGGAUCAAAAGUUGAAAUGUUUAUUCCUGAUUAACCUUUUAGCAUGGCUGGGCAUCUACAUAAAGGAAGGCUUAUGUCAUCCAGCUUGCAUGUUGCCAGUGCAUUGGCUUUCAGAUCUUCUUGGUAACUGAAAUGCUAAGGUACACUUUGUAUGACACCAAUAUCGAAAUUAUUUUGCCUUUGAUUACCUCAAUAAAGGUUCAUUCAUGAACUAUACACCAAUUUUAUUGUACUGAAUUUCAUUCUCUUGAUUCAUUUUCACAGUUGCAACUGUAAUCACAACCUCAUAAAUUUUGAACAAAAAUUUACCUGUUUUGAAUCAAGUAAAAUUGAUUUGGCUUUUGCCAGUCUCCCCCUCCCACAAAUAGUUCCUGAAUCAGACAUCUAUGGAUAACUGAUAAUAGUAAUGGGGUAUGAUCAAUCAUGAUCAUUAAUUGAACAUGACUGAACUCAAUGGAGAAGGUCCAAUUCUACACAUGCAUUUUGGUAUCACUGUGAAAUUUCUGUUUCAGUAUGAGAAUCAAUGCUCAAGUUUCAUUCAGAAUGAAUCGUGAGGAAGAAAGACUUACUCAUGGCCAAUAGAGUUUGAUAUCUCUUUUCUUAUGUUAGAAGUAAUUAUCCUACAGCUGGGUUGGAGAUUUGUGUCAUUCCUAAACACAAGACUAUUUGCUUUUCUUUGUGAGGAGCUACGCAAGAGUUUAACUUGCUGAAAUAUUUUAUGGAAAUUACCUAUUAAAAACAGGUGCAAAUUGUUCUCCUUCUGAAGCAGUAAGAGAACUGCAUCAGACACCUCUGUGCUUCAAAUCAUAUGCACUGUAUUGUAUAUGAUCUCUCUCUCAUUUCCUUGCAAUGGUCAGGAAAAUAUAUAUGUCAUAUUUUCCUCCCAAUAAUUGAAGUUCUGUUAGAAGUCAUUUUUUGGAAGCUAGUCCACCUUUCAUUUGGCCACCUCAUCAAGGAGGUAUUGAAUCUAUAUAUUGUCAGUUUAAACCUCUCCCACCAUAUAAAAGUUUGUUAGGUCCAUUGUUGGUUCUUUUUCUUGGCAAUGGAAUUUGUUUCCUUGGUUUUGUGACAGAAAUUAUUUCCUUCGUAGUAAAUAUAAUACAGUAGUGACUUCAAAUUGUAACAACUUUAAUAAUGCAUGUGAUUGUCUUCAUCGUGUAAACUUCAAGUUUGUUUGUUUCAAGCUGUUGAAAAUCAACUUUAUUAGGAAAUGACUUCCAUUUAAACAAUGGAAGUUAUGACAGAUACUGUCCUUGAUGAAUAUGCUUAGGUGAUAAUGCAGCUAAUUACAAAUAGAAACUAACAUGGUAAGCCUGCUUUCCGUCAUGUUGGAAAAAAAAAAACAAGUCAAAAACAAAUUUCUUCCAAUUUUGGUGAAAAGGAAUCCACUAAAAUAAUGCACCGUUUCAUAAAAUUGUGGAAAAGUUUACCCACAAGACCAAUAUGAUAGUUUAUGGUCUUAAACCAUUCUAGUGACCCCACUACUCCUUGAAUUUGUGUCCAGAAUGUGAAAUUCCUACUUUAGGGACUGUAAAUUAAGGUUUGAUGGUGCCUGAAUGCCCUUGCUGGGUUUAAUGGUGUCCACAUCAGCUGCAUUGCUUUUUUAAGGGUGGGUUCACUUGAUGACAUAUCCAUAAUUGUCCUUUGAUUUAGGGAAAGUUUUGAAUGCUAGUGUUGCUCCUCCAUUAGCACCCAACCUCAAACACAAUUAUAGAAUGGUUCCAAGAAACAAAUCAAUGAUGUACUGUCUCACUCUGUGUGCUGUAACUUAGAGAGGACCGACUUCAAGAACCAGUGGUCUUUGGACACAAUGGUUAGCAGACUCUGGUAAAUUUUGCACAAAAAUGCUUCCCACUGGAACACAUCUUGUGAUAGGUAGUGAAAAGCCUUAUCAGUGUUGUGAUGUUGUCCGUGGGUAAGAUUGAUCUUGAACUCAAACCUAUCAAACUAGCUAUCUAUUUAUAUCUAUUUAUUUUGAUAGGUCAGAUUGUAUGGUAAACUAGCACUUUCCUAAGGUAGAGCUGUCAGUGUUGUAUCGAACUCUGGGGGUCCUAGACAAGUUGAAUGAUGUAAGUAUAACCAUUUGGAUAUUUGAAGUGGGGUCAAAAAAAAAAUUUCUGACUCUGAGGAAAGCAAAGAUAGAAGUUAUGUUGAUAUGCAGAAAGGUAGGAUCCUAUGAAAGUAAUGGGUUUAAAAGGCAGAAUGAGCACAUGGGUAGGACUCCUAUCUCUGUGUAAUGUAUAGAUGAAGAGGGGCCAUGUUGGUGUCUUUCCUCUCUCUUUCCUUCACAAGGUUCCAAUCACAACAUCAAUCUCCAGAAUUAUUCCUUCUAAUCCUUUGUCUUUUAUCGACACCUGCUUCUCUCCAAUCCCAACUCCAUUGAAAAAUAGGAAUAGAAGCAGAUAAAAGAAAUAAUAUCCCUUCAGAUCCUUCCAAAACAGCUUCCAUCUUCUCCCAAGCCAACAGGGUUUUAAAGACCAGCCCACACAACAUCACCUAACCUUUUAUUCCCUUUAAGACAUCCUUCCAAAUGCUACUCUCCACCCUCCUUUGGCCUUUAUCUCCCACCCUCUUUCUAUCUUAAAAGGUCCUUUUGCCUUCACAUCCACCAACCCGUAUCUUUACUAUUAGUCUUUAACAGCCUUUCCUCUUGGAUUUUGCUCCUCAGCAGCCGAUUCUCCAAGCUAUUAUAUCACCCAGAAUGAAUUAGAGAGCAUCAUAGUGUAUAAACUAAUGCUUAGCAGAAACCCUGUCUUCUCCUAUAUAUAUACAUGUACCUCUUAGUUCCCAUCAAUAUUCCCCGUGAUUGAGCUCUCAAAUGGGUAGGCAGGGUAGUGACCCGACCAUGGUUAGCUCCUCCAUCGCUCUCCUCCAAGAGAGGUUCAGGCAGUUGCAGAGGGUGAAGGAGAGACGUGAGGAAAAAGAGCUGCUAAAGCUUUUCUCAGAGUCUGAAAGGAUCGCUCCAGCCAUGCUUUUGGAUUCAGGCAAGCUGUUGUCCGGCCAACCCGAGACCAUCCGGCCAUAUAGGCAACCUGUCAAUCAAGAUUUCCUCUCCCUUGGACCUAACUCGAAUCAGAAGGUCAAGUGUGCUGAUUCCCGACCCAUCAAGAAGAUGACCCCGCGGUCGUCAAGCUUGUGGCCGGUGGAACCAAACUUUGUCAGCCCAUCAAAUAGUUUUGAUAGUUCAGACGUGGAUACUUCUCUUCAUCUGUAGGAAAAUUUUUCUUUCUUUCCUUCUCUUUGUUUUUUUUUUUUGGUUUUGUAAGUAUGACCAAGGAGUAAUGUAAUUAAUCUUUCUCGUGAUCGACUUCAUGUGUUUUCUCGUCA